AUGUCUGGCAAGCUGGACAAGUCUCUCGACGAGAUUCUCGUCAGCCGCCGCCAGGGUGCUCGCCGUCGCGACCGCCGUUCGGCCCCUAAGGCCGCCGCCGCUUCUGUUCCAGUCGGUGGAGUCAAGAAGACCACCAAGACUGCUAAGCCUACCGGCAAGGUUGCUCAAAAUGGACACCCUGUCUCGCGUGAAAGUAAAAUCAUGGUCAGCGGCUUGCCUGCCGAUGUGAACGAGGCCAAUAUCAAGGUAUGUUGA